AGGCACUGAGAGGAAUCUGCGCGCGGUUAAAUCCAGCUCUGAUCUCCACUGCAUCUAAAGGUGUGUGAAACCGUUGAGGUUGGAAGUGCAAUGGCGUCCUCUGGAGACAUUCAGGUUAAGGAACUGGACAAGCGUGCCUCAGGACAGGCUUUUGAAGUCAUCCUGAGUCCUUCGGCUCCAGAUGCCAAGGGAGAAUUCCCACUUUCCACCCCCAAGAAGAAGGAGGUAUCUCUGGAUGAGAUCCAGAAAAAACUGGACGCGGCAGAGGAAAGACGCAAGAACCAUGAGGCAGAGGUCCUGAAGCACUUAGCUGAGAAACGAGAGCAUGAGAAGGAAGUCCUUCAGAAAGCAAUGGAGGAGAACAACAACUUCAGCAAGAUGGCAGAGGAGAAACUUAACCAGAAAAUGGAAGCCAACAAAGAAAACCGCACAGCACGCAUGGCAGCUAUGAAUGAGAAAUUCAAAGAGAAGGACAAGAAGCUCGAAGAGGUACGAAAGAACAAAGAAACAAAAGAUGGGGCAGAGGGUGAAGACUAAGUUUCCUCUCUCAUUUUCCUUUUCAUUUAGGGUAUAGUAUUGGGUUUUUUAAUGUAUCCAAAGAUUUAUUUUUUUUGUUCCAUUAAAUGGCCAGUUUUCCGUGUUUGGAUCCAUGUACUUGCCACUUUUUUAUUAAGGGGUUUUGGGGAAAAGCUGGUGCACAACAUUUCAUCAGUUUAUGUGUAUUCAGUUCUGUCUUUCAUCAUCCCCACUAACCUGUAGAUUUGUCCAGUUGCACCUCUAUAGCAUUUAAAAUGAGCAGUGUUUUACUGAUAGGGAAGCAUGCCUGUGUUAUGCAUAGGUCUAAUAUAUACAGUACUUGGUAUACUGCAUUGUGCAAGUCCACCUGUUCCCUUGUAUGUCAGUUCUGCCAUCCUAUGAGCUUAAUAAAGUUGCACAGUUGUUUGUUAUUGUACCAGUUUUGCCACUGCCUCUUUGUUGAUCUGUCAGUCAGCCAGAUUGUAAUGUGGAGUAAAAGAACUUCUUAAAAUGUGUACACUAUGAAGAUAAAUGGCAGAUUCUGUAUUCUAUAUGGAAAAUACGUUUUGCCAGAACAAUAAUUAGAUCUUUUUGGACACUUUUUGAUGUACUCUUUAUAAUCUGCAUGAGAUUCCUAGUGUGAAAACUAAACAUUUCAUUAUCCACAUGCCUUUCCUUUACUAGAUCAUACUUUUAUAGUAAUUCAUACUCAAUAUGCACUAAUAA